AUGACCUUUAGCUAUCAAGAUGGUAUCGCGUUGUUGCAGCUCAUCGCGUUCGUGCCCUGCCUCUUCCUCGCCAUUCUUUUGUGUUACCAGCAAGGAAUGAAGGCCGUGGCAUCAUGUUGGAGAUUCCUCAUUAUCCUCGCUUGUCUCCGAAUCGCCGGCGCUGUAUGCCAGCUCAUCACCAUCACUGAUGACUCGAUCAAUGUUAUCACCACAAAAAUCACAUGCGACUUGUUGGGCAUCGCUCCCCUAACACUGGCUGCCGUGGGUUUGCUGCAAAGAGUGCAUGUCUGGUUCAGAAACGCCUCGAUCAACAAGCUCUCCAAAUGGAUCUUCAUCUUUGUCAGCAUCGUCAGCUUGGUCGGGUUGGCCCUUGGUAUCGCCGGCGCUAUCAAGGCCCUCGAUAGCUACACCAUCCCCCGCAUGCUCCAAGCCGCAUUGGGCUUGUUCGUCGGCUGCUUGGGUCUCCUGCUGGCCAUUAUGGGGUACCUGACCAUUUACCGCAACGAGUUGCCUCGCAACGAGAAGAUCAUCCUGUACUCAGUCCACGCCUGUGCGCCACUGCUCAUCGUACGCACCAUUUACGGCUGUUUGGGUGAUUACACGAGUAUCGCGCGGUUCAACCUUUUUGAGCCCAACCCCACUGUCAAUCUCUGCAUGGGCGUCCUCGAGGAGAUUAUUCUUAUGGUGAUCUGCCUCGCCGUUGGCUUUUACUGCCCCCCACCCAAGGAGCCUCAACCUGGUAAGUCUUGUCAUCAUUUGAACUUGAUUGAAUGUUUUCGUGAGGAAUACACGCUGAUAAUUCUCAGAUGCUGCCGACACGACGAAUUCAGACGAGACCAACAUUGUGGAGAAAGGCUCAUCUCCCCCAGCGAUACCCGCUCUGAGACCGUUGACACCAUGAACAAGGAGAAAAUGGCUGAGGAGGGACGCAUGGGGACCUCGACUGCGGAGGCUGUGUAG